CGUAGAGUCUGCUUACAAAAGCUCUUCCAUUGAAACGGCUUGAGUGAGCCAUCGCAUGUGCACUUUACUUAGUUUGUGUUUUUGCUGCACGGCAACAAUCCGUUCUGGACCUGCUGUGAGGAACACACGGCCAUGUCCGAGACUCGGGAAAGCGUUUCGACGGUCAACGUCUCUGGACUAUCGACUGGUGCCCAGGCAGCACGGAUAUCUUUUUGCGCUUGAAGACAAUAAAGGACAUUCUAUUGGGCGUAUCGGGCAUCAUUUGUCACGUCACGGGUUUUAUCUGGAAGCUCCAGUCUCCACAUGAUGGCGGACCAAGAGAACGCGUUCGGCCCUCCGACCUCCCCCGGCGUCCCGGAGACCACGGAGUUACAUGGCGAGGCCAAACCAGAGAAACCGACUGGGUCUUCGACCAAAUCUGCGUCUUCACAGACGACUUAUAUUCAACAGGGAAUGGAAGGAAUUAAAGUGUUCCUUCACGAGAGAGAACUGUGGUCCAAGUUCCACGAGGUCGGCACCGAGAUGAUCAUCACUAAAGCGGGGAGGCGAAUGUUUCCAAGCUUUAAAGUGAAGGUCACCGGACUGAACCCCAAGACUAAAUAUAUCUUGCUAAUGGACGUGGUGCCGGCCGACGAGCAUCGCUACAAAUUCGCCGAUAAUAAAUGGUCUGUGACGGGCAAGGCCGAGCCCGCGAUGCCCGGGAGGCUGUACGUCCACCCUGACUCUCCUGCUACCGGAGCCCAUUGGAUGCGGCAGCUCGUCUCGUUCCAGAAGCUGAAGCUGACCAACAAUCACCUGGACCCGUUCGGGCACAUCAUUCUGAACUCCAUGCAUAAGUAUCAGCCGAGGAUCCACAUCGUGAAGGCGGAUGAGAACAACGGCUUCGGCUCCAAGAACACGGCCUUCUGCACGCACGUGUUCCCGGAGACGGCCUUCAUCGCCGUCACGUCCUACCAGAACCACAAGAUCACCCAGCUGAAGAUCGAGAACAACCCGUUUGCUAAAGGGUUCCGCGGCAGCGAUGACAUGGAGCUGCACCGUAUGUCUAGAAUGCAAAGCACCAAGGAGUACCCGGUGGUCCCUCGCAGCACAGUGCGCCAGCGGGGGGGCUCCAGCCAGAGUCCCUUCAGUCCAGAUGUCCAGGGCCUCCCCAGUCCCAGCACCUUGGGGCCCCAGUACGAGAACGGGGUCAGCAGCACCUCCCAUGACCUGCUGCCCCCUCCCGGGUCCUACCCCCUGCCCCACGAGCACGGCCAGGACUACCACUGCAUCAAGAGGAACGUGGAAGAAGACUGCCUCUCCAGCGAGCAAAGCUACAAGAAGGCCUUCCUGGAGAGCUCGUCCAGUGAGGACGACCACUACUACCGGCCCGUGGGCUACCCCCAGGGCCUGGGCCUCGCCGCCGGACCCUACCGCAGCGAGGGUGGCCAGCGGCAGGCCUGCAUGUAUGCCAGCGCCUCCCAGGGCGCGGAAGCGGCCGGGGCUGCCGGCCUGGAGGACAUCGGCUGCAACACGUGGGCGGGCGUGUCGCCCUACGCCGGCUGCUCCGUCACUGCCAUGCAGCCCAUGGACCGGCUGCCCUACCACCAGCACUUCUCCGCCCACUUCACCUCCGGCUCGCUGGUGUCCCGGCUGAGCGGGAUGGCCACGCCCCCCCAGCUGGGCGACGCCCACCACGCCGCUAUGUACCAGGGGUCCGUCGCCCACCAGACUCUGGGGCGCCAGUGCAGCCCCGGGGUCGGCAUGCAGCCCCCCGCGGGGGGUCUUCAGGGGAACGACUACCUGUACACCAGCCACGGCAUGCCGCGCACGCUCUCCCCGCACCAGUACCACGCCGUGCACAGCGUCAGCAUCAUGCCCGAGUGGAACGAGAGCAGCUAGAUAUGAAGCUGGUCUGGAGUCUCCAGAUAGUAACACCAGGACAGUGUCCAUGCCUCAUGGGUGGAAUCUCUGUAGCCACUAGGGCUGUAGACCAAGAGACCUCUUUUUAGGACUGCUGUAGGGCUGGCUUUUGUGGUGAAAUAUUUUGGAUCUCAGUGUUGCUCAACCAUGAUGGACAUAUGUUCUUCCUCUGAUCUCGGACAAGCACAAAACUCCUUUAUUUUCUACAACACCUGCAAUACGAAUUCCGCACAGGAUUUGAUUUAUUGUGACAAAAUGCAAUUGUUGUCUUACAUAUGAUUUUGUUUUCCUUUUUCUGUAGUUUUUGGUAGUAAAGUUGUUUUUAGCUAAAUGUUAAAAUGUAUUUGUAGCAUCAAAAGAAAAAAAAAUCCAUGUAAAAACGAAUCCAGAAAUAUUGAUCUGAACAGGACUUGGAUAUUGUAUCUUCCUGCUCAAAUUUGGACAGAUUAUGUUGGUUAUUGAUUGUUAAUAUUCUUGUGUAUGCAAUGGAUACUUAAGCAACAAGGUAACAAAACAACAGUGUUGGUGUUGCAUCAUAAGAACCUUCGGAACAAACCCCAAAACAGGAAUGCAAAUUUGCAUUCCAAGCAAGCACACUAAGACAAAUGUGAUUGCUUGUGAAGUCAUUUACAAAUCACUUCUCCAAAGGCACCAUGCACAUCCUUAAUGUGAUUUUUCCAAAUGUCAUUAAAACAAAGAGUUUGUGAGAAUGCUACAAACAUUAGCUCUUAUUUUGACAUGACUUCUUGAUAAUUUGAGUACAAAUAUCAAAAGGGAAGAGAUAUGUUGAUGUAAGCGACCAGUUUAAAUAUAUAUCUUACAUGUUGUAUAUUGUAAAUGAUUUUUAUUUGACUCUUAUUUUUGUCCGUUUUUUUAACAAUAUUUUUCGUGUACUCAUAAAGAUGGCACUUCUUUUAAAUCAGACUGACUAAAGUAACCAUUAUAUUUAAAGUAGAAUGAAUAAAUAUUAGACAUGACGGCCAUGGAUAGAAUAUUAUAUCAAUUGGACUAACACGAGCAAGCAUUAGAGUUUAAUGAAGAAAAGGAGAACAACAAUGGAUUACUUGCAGGGUUAGUGAGCUAACACAAGAUUAAAGUUUAAUAAAGUAAAGGCAAACCACAAUGGAUAACUUGGUUGCAGGGUUAGAGGGCAGUUGAACGCAUUAACACACUCCAACUUUUGUAAUGCUCGUCCAUGAUAGAAUAUUCUUUUCCAACACUAUUUAUUUAUUUUUUCAUUGUGUCCGGCGAAUCAAGUGUUUCCUGCUUUAUAGAAUAAAAGUGUUAGUCGAUCUCGUUUAAAAUCUUGUAUGUCAUGCUUCUGUGGAAGACAUAUGCAUGAAUCACAUUGGAAAUUGUGUACAUAAAUACAUUCAAAUAAGCCCUCUUCGCCCACUGCGCAUAUAUACAUAUAUUGUUUCAGUGCAUGCACACAAAUGCAAAUAAUUUCAGUAUAAAACAUCACAAAAGAAGUAUGAAAUAAUGAAUGGAAUAAAUCCUGAUUAAUAUAGAAGCUGAGACUAGGUUAGAACUUGCUCAUUGAGGUGCCAAUCAAAUACUGGCUGCUUGGAGCCACUAAUAUCCUUCCCUGGUUACCAGGAUCUCUUAACCCAGUAGAUUAGCACAGGAUUAUAUGUCUGCAUACUGUCUGUAUGCUUUGCUGUGUGUGUGUGUGUGUGUGUGUGUGUGUGUGUGUGUGUGUGUGUGUGUGUGUGUGUGUGUGUGUGUGUGUGUGUGUGUGUGUGUGUGUGUGUGUGUGUGUGUGUGUGUGUGUGUGUGUGUGUAUGUGUGUGUGUGUGUGUGUGUGUGUGUGUGUGUGUGUGUGUGUGUGUGUGUGUGUGUGUGUGUGUGCGUGUGUGUGUGUGUGCAUCUUUGUGUAGUAUGUGUGUUUGAGUUUGUGUGUGUAUGUGUGUGUUUGUGUGUGAAUGGCUGUGUAUGGCAUGAAUGAAUCCUGAGACUAAUCGAGUUGACACGUUAAAUAGAGAUGCAAUCAGAACAUAUUUGUGUUUUUCGUUCAAUAUAUGAUAUUGUGUCAUGUGAGCCUUGAACUACAAUAUACAACAAAUGAAACAUUUUGGAAUAUCCACUUGCCAAUUCCAGAUACUGGAAUUGGCAAGGAGAUAAGAAGCAACAUGUUACCUUGCCCCAAAAGCUAUUCUUAUGGUCGCUUCAAAGCAAUAUCCACCCCAUCGACUGUAGUCCGAGGUACAUGGUCUGUCGCACCAUGAAUCACACGAGGAAUCGUGCACUUUAUAAACUCUAAUGGUUUUCCUCUAAGGAGCUACUCCAUCUUUAUCUCAUACUGUCAGCUGACCUCUGGGUUCAGCUGAAGAUUGACGUAACCGCAAGCAGAUUGUGAAGCCCCCGGCCUCACAGAGUUCACCCCCUGCCCGUUCUGGAUCAUUCUUCAGGAUUAGUGUAAUAAAUGUGGUCAAUAGCAGAAUAAAUGCAGAUAUGGUCUACUGGUUUAUUGUACAGUGAUCAAAAGGAUGAGAGACAAUAAAGGGACAUCACAUCUUCC